UUUUGCUCCAAAUCCGGGCGCCAGUUCUGAUCGGAGGUAUCGGCGCGGUCAGCAUGAGAACUUUGUUCAUGAUGAUCUGUUCCGUGUUCCCGACGCCCGUGAUGGAUGAGGAAAGGUGUUGAUGGCUUUGGAUGGGGAACUCGCACCAACAUCUUGGAUGUCUACCAUGGCAAACUCAGACUACCGACAACCACCAGCAAGGACACAUCGACGAAAGCUGCAACUCUUCAUCCUCUGCCUCAUCAGACUAUGCGAUCCCAUCUCAUCCACAGUCAUCUACCCCAUGGUUGCAUUCAUGGUGGCCGAAUUCAACCCGACCCUAUCGGAGAAAGAGGUUGGCUUUUACUGUGGCGCCAUCGAGUCGGUUUUCGCCUUGGGCCAAUUUUCAACCAUCAUCUUUUGGGGAAAGCUGAGUGACCGUAUCGGUCGGAAACCCGUUCUGAUCAUCGGCCUCGUAGGCGUGCCGAUAUCCACCCUCGCAUUGGGAUUCAGCUCCAGCUUCUGGGCUAUGAUGUUUGCCUCUUCUGUCGGAGGAACCCUGAACGGAAAUGCCGCGGUGAUCAAAUCUAUGGUGGCUGAGAUUUCCACAACUGACAACCAGGCCAUGGCUUUCUCAUUACUUCCAACAUCUUUUGCAAUUGGAGCGGCUAUCGGACCAUUACUUGGAGGUUACUUGUCUCGUCCAGCGGAGAGGUUUCCAAACUCAUGGUUUGGUAGCAGUCCCUUCUGGCAAAACCAUCCCUGGCUUUUACCGUGUGCAGUAGCCGCAACAGUCCCCCUCAUCGGCGUGGUGAUGGCAACCUUAUGGCUCACGGAGACUCUCAUCAGGAAAACCCCGACCUGCAGAGAAAGGGAGCCACUACUUCGAUCGGAGACUGCGAUCGAUGUUCAAGGGCCACUCGUCUCUCCCGUACACACCCCUCAUUCACCAAGCAAGAUACUGGAUCUGUUGAAAGAUCGAAAUCUUCUGGUCAUCCUAAUGUCCUAUUCAUUACUGUCUUUUCAAUCCAAAUCUUUGGACGCCUUGAUUAUACUGUUUGCUUACACACCGGUCAAAUCUGGAGGAAUAGGAUUCUCCAGUUCAGAUAUUGGACUGGCUUUAUCAGUCUGUGGGUUAAUGACAAUUUUUGUCCAGCCUGCAUUGUUCCCUUUCUUCCAAAGGCGAUGUGGGACUGCCAGGUUGUACAAGAUAUGCAUGUUGGCAUAUCCCCUCAUCUUUCUCUUGCUCCCCGUCGUCCACUUGAUAGCUCGAAUUGAAGCCAACAAUGGUCGAGAUGAGAAAGCAAAUUUUGCUGGGGUGUGGAUUGGAAUUUGGAUAAUCAUGAUUUUGAAAACCACAGGAAACAUGGUAUUCUCCUGCAACAUGCUUCUGGUGAGUGCAGCUGCGCCGUCGAGGGUUGUAUUAGCAACCACCAAUGGAUUGGCCCAGUCUUGUGCUAGUUUUAUGAGAGCAGUUGGACCCAUCACAGCUUCUAGUCUGUUUUCCAUUUCGGUCAAACACCAGAAACUUGUGGAUGGUAAUUCGGUUUUCCUCUUAUUUGCGUCCAUUGCUCUGGGUGGGUUCCUUAACUCUUUGCACAUCCAGGAUGGGUGCGAAGAGUGGAGGAACACCUGAUCCUUUUCCCUCUGUCAUCAUGCGUGUUAACGCUUAGAGCUAUGUAUGUAUACUGUAUUUGUGGCCAAGAACUACUUAUAAUCAGUUUGUUAGAAUAGUUGUAUGCGUAGUCCAUGAAUUCAGAUUUAUCCUGCAUGAAAUAGAUUGAAUACACAUCC